AUGUCAGCUCUCAAAGGUGCCACAGCGCCAAUCUACUUUGGCUCCUUCGUUGUCUUCCACACAACCCCCCUAAGCUUUGCCCUGGUGAACUUGAAACCAAUCCUUCCCGGCCAUGUCCUAGUCUCCCCACUGCGUGUCGUCCCCCGCGUCACGGAUCUCACCCCCGCUGAAACAAGCGACUUCUUCCUAACAGUGCAGCGCGUGGGCCGCAUGAUCGAGCGUGUAUACGGUGCUACAAGCUUGAACAUUGCCAUUCAGGACGGCGUACAUGCUGGCCAGAGCGUGCCGCAUGUCCAUGCGCACAUCAUUCCGCGCAAGGCGGGGGAUCUGGAUCAUGCCGGUGGCACGGAUGCGGUUUAUGAAAUGCUUGAUGGGGAUGAGGGGAAUUUGACAAAGGCGUUUAAGAAUGCCGUUCCUGCGGAAGAGGAUGAUCAGUCAACUGAGGUUGGGAAUGAAAAUGCUGGGAAUUCGGGGAAAAAGUCUAGGUUCCCGGUUGUGGACAAUGAUUCGCGCAAGCCUCGUGAUUCAGAGGACAUGAGGGCCGAGGCUGAGAAAUUGGCACGGGAGAUGGAGAAUGAGCCUCUUGAUUAA